AUGUCUCACGGCCCACCUCGUCCUUAUGCCCACAACUACUCUAAUAUGCCAACGAGCAACUUGUCAAGGCAGCAAUCACAACAAACCCAAGUACUCAAUAACCAGCAAUCAUUCCAACAAGCAUUGGUCACAAGCAGCCCGCCUACUCUUGGCCAGGUGCACCAAGCCAGCAGCAAUUCCACGGGUGCAGGUAGCAAUAACACAAGCGCAGGUAGUCCUAGCAGUAUAGGUAGAGGUAUGAACCCAAAUGCAACGCAAGAGACAAUAUACUGUGAUAGCUGCCAGACAUUUCGACAUGUAUCGUUUUUCAAUGAGAGGGAUGCCAAGUACAAUGUGUGCAAUAUAUGUCAUACGCGUGAAAUGCAAAAGAGGAAGCAUCAGCUGGAGAGGUAUGAAAUGUAUGAGGAGCAGCAGAGGUAUAAACAAGCUAGAUAUCAUCAAAUACAGUAUGCAACACCUCAACAGCAGCAGCAGCAACAACAACAACAACAGCAGCAGCAUCAGCAAUACCAGCAGCAACAGCUGCCUCCUGCUCAAUUACACUCUUCUGCCCCUAUUAAUUUGAAUAGCAGUUCUGCUGGUAAUUCGCCAUUACCACCUCCUCAAACGAUUUCUUCACCUCAAAUCAAACAAUCUCCACCAUCAGCCAACAUGAUGCUCUCUUUGUCUCAAGUGAAAAACAAUACGAAUACUAACAAUAACAACAACAAAUCCAACAUGUUUACUAAUUCCACUAUGCGAAAUCAGUCGCAACUCCAACCACACAUGCACUCACAGCAAGUCAUGUCAUCUACCAUAUCGUUACCUUUACCAAAUCAGCAACAACAACAGCAGCAGCAGCAGCAAUCGCCAGACUUGCACCAAAUACCACCCUCAUCACAGAUAAAGCGCGAGAGCCUGCUCCAUCGCUUGGAUAAGGGCAAUACCAUCGUCAGCACUAAUUUACCAAACCCAUUACCACCAGCCAACUCGAAUUCGGCCCCCAUUACUUUGCCAUCGACCUCGCUCAGUCAAUCCACGCCCAGCACCACUGCAUCGACUACUGUGUUGACGCCACCAGUGACACACCACAAGAACACAAGCACAUCUGCUGAAAGAGCUGCACAAGAAGUCAUUGAUCUGAGUACAUUUGUCAGGGAAUUGGAAGGGGAAACGGAAUUUGAUCGCAAGCAGUACCAUCUCGACAUUGGACCUUUGAUGGAAAGUAUGGGAGAGAAUCCUGGAUUCACGCAGCUGGGAAGAGGUAUUUGUGAGAGGGUGUUGGAAGGCACCAAGUUCAAUUUCAGUCUCAAAGAUCGACGAAGAUCAACAAAAAGUCCUGACACACUAUCCACUCUGAGAUAUUACUGCUCUCAGAGAGCUGAUACUGCGAAACCUCGAAAAGUUGAACAUCCCAAGGCACAAAGUAGAUAUGAUUGCGCUGGCGCAUUGACAAUCAUUGUUGAUCUGCUCAAGAAGACUGCUCAUGUGACAGUAAUUCAUAAGCAUCCCCAUCCUCCUUUCGUAUCACAACAUCACCAUCAUAAUCAACACCAUCAACAAAAGCAGCAGCAGCAACAGCAACAACAACAACAACAACAACAGCAACAGCAUCAAAUGCCAUCUUCAUUAAAUCAACCUCCCUUAAUUCCUCAUUUGCAACAGCACUCUCCUCAGCGCCACCACUCUCCUUUAACGCAACAACAACAACAACAACAACAACAACAGCAGCAGCAGCAGCAGCAGCAGCAGCAGCAACAACAACAGGCUGCUCAACAAGCCGCACAACAAGCCGCACAACAGGCUGCUCAACAACAGGCACAGCAGCAAGCACAACAGCAGCAUGCGCUUCGCUUGAUGAGACAAAAACAAGCUAAACAAGUUGAACAACAAUACGAGAUUUUGAGACAAAAGGUGGCAGACAUUGGAAGCUUACUAGAAUCUCAGCAAAAGUACGGUAACAAGGACUUUUUGCAGACAGCCACUGAUGCAUUAGCGGGGGCGGAUGAAAUGUUGAGUGCUUGCAAAGCGCAUGAAUCUUCUGACAUGACGCUGCAACCAAACAAGUAUACCGUGCAUUACAAUAAAAGGGGAGAUCACUUUGUAUAA